AUGGUUGAAACCCGUCCAAGACUUCUUGCUGAGUUUAUGCUCCUGAGUUUCCUCCUUUGUGAGUUUGGUUUUAGGCAUGGAUCUUCGGAUACAACUACUCAGUUGCAUCCUCAUGAAGACUCGGAUACCAACAAUUUGAAGAUCAAGUGCACAGGGGACUGUGUACAUGACAAAAACAGAUAUCAUUGCCAUGUCAAGGAGUUUUCCUUUACCAGCGCGGCUCUAACUGGUUCUAUACCUAAAGAAGUGGAGGAGCUUAAGCAUUUGGAGAAGCUUGAUUUAUCCGGCAAUCAGCUUUCCGGUUCCAUACCUAAUACCUUGUGGAAUUUGUCAGCCCUCAAAGAAUUUGAUUUAUCCAGCAAUAAGCUUACCGGUUCCAUACCUGAUACCUUGUGGAAUUUGUCAUCCCUCGUAUCAUUAGACCUUUCAAGAAAUCAACUGGCAGAAGGCAUAUCAGAGCGCAUUGGACACUUGCGCAAUCUUACUUAUCUGUAA